AUGAUUAUUCCAAUACGUUGUUUUUCAUGUGGUAAAGUGGUUGGUGACAAAUGGGAAGCAUAUUUAGAAUAUUUACAAGAAGAAAAUGCAAAUGAAGGUGACGCAUUAGAUAAAUUAAAAUUGAAAAGAUAUUGUUGUAGAAGAAUGGUUUUAACUCAUGUCGAUUUAAUUGAAAAAUUUUUAAGAUAUAAUCCAUUAGAAAAGAAAGAUAUCAAUUAA